GGUAUAAAAUGCUUCUAUACGAGCAGAGCAGAAGGCAUUUCUUUUGAUCAAUAGGCGAAGCCUCCUUCUGCCUGUUAUAUAAGUUGCACAAAACGUUUGAUACCCAUUUGAAAUAGGGGUACAGGGUAGAUGAAUAGGGGUUGAUAUAGAGUUGUGUUCGAAGCUUUUUUCGUGUAAAAAUGGACAGUGGUCGAUGCCAACUCGUUGCUUCUCGGCUAAUGCGACGAACAUAUUCGUAUAUAUUUAGGGGUUCGGGUACUUUUUUAGUUAGCACCGCAGAGGCGUCUUCGUCGGGGGUUCAAUGGAAAACUUUUAACAGUCGCCCACUCGGCAAAAAUAUGCUGGGUCACUGAACUUUUUUGACCACUUGCGAGUAGCCGAGAAUAUACCUGUCCAAACGUCCCCAUAAGAACAAUAUUUCCAACUCAGCGAUAUAAUCUGGCAAUCUCGCUCAAUAUACCUAUAACUAGGGGUUGGCUAAAGCCCGCUGACCAGAGGUAUACAGGGUACAGGUGGAGAGGUGUGCACAGGUGGAGUGACUAGUCGCGCAGCAGUAUUAUUCGAGCAGCUCGUCAAAAUACACUUGUAUAUUAUUUCUUGUACCAAAUACUGGCUAAAACAAAAAAAAAAAUAAACAAUUUUUGUUUGUAACGAAUAAUUAUAUAUACAUUUUUGGAUUAUAUAAAAUUCAACCGAGUGAAAAUUAGUAAACAAAACAGAAUCAAGGAAAUGAUUACGGCAGCAAAAAAAUUGAAAGGCAGCGAUGGUAAAAUCGGAGGAUUGCAGCACCUCGCUGGAGCGCCAGAAGUGGAAGAGUCUGACGAGGAGCGCGAAUUGACAAAUUUAAACUGGCUACUAAGAAACCAAAAUCUUUCGUGGCCAAAAACAAUUGAUGCUAACUCCGAGGAUGAUGUUAAUGGCCAGGUCGGCAGCAAUCGGAGCCUGUCCACGGCAGCAGCAGAAGGUGUCAAUGCACAGAAGAAACCAAAGGCUUUGGAAUAUGAUACUUUAAAGCAUAUGACAAAUAAAUCUUGUCCGGACUCAAGAAAAUCAAGCGCAGCAACGGCACCUUUAAAACGUCCAAGUCCAGCCGAGCGCUAUGAUAUUUUCAUCAACAAAAUAAAGCGCGAUUUAGUGGAAUAUGAAAAAUCGGCCAACACGUAUAAAACGGACGUAACACACAAGCCGCCCUUUAACUACUCCCACAUCAUUGGAAUGGCAAUGCUGGAAAAUGGACGGGUCACAUUGCAACAGAUUUGCGCAUGGAUUGAGGCCAAAUUUGCCUUCUUUCGCGUGCGUAAAAAAUGGAACAAUUCCAUAAGGCACAACCUGUCGCUGCACCACUGUUUUCGUAAUCGCAAACGCGAGGAGAAGGGCAAGGGAGGCUAUUGGGAGCUGGGAGUGGAUCCCAAGAAAUGUGAUAGAAAACGCAUUCGCAAUCGCAAGACGACCCAAUCGAAGUUAAAUCCAGUUUCGGAUUUGUCAAAAAAUCAAAGUCAAUUGUCGAAAUAUCAAUUCACCAACAAUGAGAUAAGAUCCCACAGGACUCAGGACUCACAUACGCCGGAUGAGAAGCCCAGAAAUUCCCGGCUGGAUAGUUCCGACAAUAACAUGGCCGAGCAGGAUGUGCAAUUGGAUUGCCUAACCCUAACGGAGGUUGAAGUUGGCUUGGGCCUGACGUUACCAAAUGCUCUGAGUCCGAGGGUGCACGAUCCUGACGCCACUUUCCUAUUUCCGGAUACACUUCCGGCUACCCUGACCACAAACAAUGAAGCCUUUCAUCUGCAGCAGCAAUACGAGCUGGGCACCAUUAUAAUUAGCACGACGGGCAUUCUGGAGGAACCUUCUUGCCUGAAUAGCCUCAUCAGCAACAAGUUCGGCUGCUCUAAUAUGAUCUACAAGGAGGAUGAGAUUCCCACAGCAAGUGAGAAUGUCACCAUUUCGUCGCAUAAAAUGGAUGCCAAUAGAGAUGCGAAUGUGGCAUUGAUUGCAAGCUCUGAGAUGCCCAUCCCUGGAAGCUUUACCAUCAAUUACGAUUACUCAAAUUUUCGACCAUUUAUGGACAGCGUCGAUGAGUCCUUCGGGUAUCUCCAGAGCAGCGAGAUUAAUCGGAAUGAGGACAUUUUGGAUAACCUGCUCGACGUGUGUGUUAGAGAUUAUUAAUAUUGACAAUAUCGCCAAAUUAAAGUGCACAUUAAACUUAAACUGAAGCUAAUACUAUAAAUUGAUCUUAUCACUAAAAGCAAUUUCCCGCAGUUUUCCGGCUCAAGUUUAUUUAAAUGGAAUAUGUUGCUGGUACCAAUUAUGUUCAAAAAACGUUUGCUUUUUCGAAAAAACUGUCGAGGAUUUCGUAUUGCAGCUUUAUUUUUUGUGCUUUUCUUCUUGUACUUGUUAUUCUGUCCAUAUGAACAUUUCUUCCUAAUGCUAUUUCAUAUUAAACAAAGGAAAAAACAAAAUAACAAUAACAAAAUAAACCUAAACAAUUUCUGUUGUUUUCAAACUUA